AGCAUAUUUACAAAACAAGAAGUUCUUGUAGAUGUGAAGCUUGAACACCAAACAAUAUGUCCUUGCAUUGCUAUCACCGUUGUGGUGCCUAAUCACCAAAUGAAUUACCAUUGCAAUGGUGCCUACUUAUAUAAUAA